GCAGAACCACAGGCUACCCCUUCUCAGACAGCCACACUCACUCCUUAAUGAGCAGUGGGCAUCAAAUAAUUCCUCUUCUGCUGACACAACCACCCUGCAGAUUAUGUCUGGAUGAGUGAGCUUUAGCAGUCUGGGGCAGGGAGGCUCUGCCUGCCCGGCACUGUUCUCUUGAAGGGUGAAGAGAAGGGCUGCCUACCGGAGCAAGUUCCCACUUACAUGCAGCCACAUCCCUCUGAAUUCAGUUCUCAACCCUGCCUGGCACGGAUCUUCUGUACAGCUGCAGGCUGGAGCCGGAGAGCAAAAUGCUGGAGAAGAUUCAGAAGAUGCUGACAAUCCGUAGCAGCUCCGUCAGGGAGCUGCUGGCUGAAGCACUGGGGAUGUACAUGCUGAUGGUCUUGGGCUUGUCCUCUGUGGCACAAGUGGUAUUAGGAAAAGGAGAAUUUGGGCAGUAUCUGAGCAUCAAUUUGGGAUUUGGCAUUGGGGUCACCAUGGGGAUCCAUGCAGCUGGAGGCAUCUCUGGAGCUCAUCUGAAUGCUGCCAUCACGCUCACACAGUGCAUUUUAGGAAACCUCCCCUGGAGAAAGCUUCCAGCUUAUCUGCUUGGCCAGUUCCUGGGCUCCUUUCUGGCAGCAGCCACUGUCUUUGGCAUCUACUAUGAUGCACUGUAUGACUACACCAAGGGGAAUUUUACAGUGACAGGACCAACUGCCACAGCGUCGAUCUUCUCCACUUACCCUUCUCCCUAUAUGUCCUUCUCACGGAGCUUCUUCACAGAGUUUAUGGCGACGGUGAUGUUGUUCUUGGGCAUUUUGGCCAUCCAUGAUGAGAGAAAUAAUGGAGCCCUGAAAGGCACACAGGCUCUGCUCACGGGUAUCCUGGUUCUAAGCAUUGGCAUGGGGAUGGGGAUGAACACAGGCUACGCCAUAAACCCCUCCCGGGACCUGCCACCAAGAAUCUUCACAGCAAUUGCUGGCUGGGGAGUGGAUGUCUUCACGGCUGGACAUUACUGGUGGUGGGUCCCACUUGUAGCUCCAACACUGGGAAGUCUUGCUGGUGGUUUAAUAUACAAACUCUUCAUUGAUAUUCACAAUCAACCUGUCCCAGAGCAUGGAAAUGAGAAAGGACAGACAGUCCUUGAGAGUUCCACGUUGUGAUGGCCAUGUACCCCCAGGAAACAUCCUGACAGCAAAGCCUGGGUGGGCACAUGCACUGGCAGCUGAAGGGUAACCAUGUGGGUAAGCGCCUGUGCAACGGCAUUGCUGAGGCACACACUUUCCUCACCCUGCAGGUGGAGAAAUGAGAGUAGCUUAAAAUAAAUCUGUUCUGCUUAACCAGACAAACAGGGUCGCUGAGACACUGGGCAGACCUGAGAAGGGCUAGAUCUGUCUAUGAGCUGAAGAAAUUAUCCAGUCUUUCUGAGUAAAAAUCUGCCCCCAAAAGUCACAUUCUGGAGAUGCAAGACUUCAGUUACCUUCAAGUUCACAGCAAUCAAAUACAAGAUUCAGCAGGACUGGAAUAAAAAUUAGUCAGGGGAGCACAGGUGAAAAUCAGAGAAUACCUACACUGCUGAGAAACAAAGAAGUUUUGAUCUGGAAAAUUCUGCUAAAAAACGGUAGAUAUUACACUGAUGAAUCAGGGGCUUAGAUUUGCUUCCAUUUGCUAAUCUGCCACCUUAACAAUUAUCCAGCACAGAGAAUCAUAGAAUGGCUUAUGUUGGAGGGGACCUUGAAGAUCAGCUAGCUCCAACCCCCUGCAGUGGGCAAUGGGCAAUGUUGCCAACCACUAGAUCAGGCUGCCAAAGGCCCCAUUCAAUCUUGAAUGCCUCCAGAGGAGAGCAAGGACAGUCUGAUAAUGAAGUUGUCUGGAGGGUUUUCCUCUCUGGAAAUAGCCUCACUAAUAGGCUAGAUGUUUUGCACUAUGCAGGUGUGAUGGAGCCAUGUGUGUAACUGAUAGGUUAGACUUUAACUACAACUUUAUGAGAAGAUUCAGACAAAUUCUGUGGGAGCACCUCCAAAUGUCAAAAAAAACUUUUCUCCACUUUGACUGUAAGAGAAACAUGGGAAUAGACCACUAUGCUCCUGCAUUAAUCCUGAAACUUACAUCUGAAUGAGGAAAUGGGCAAGCAGUAGCCUUGCAAAUUUGUAGCACUGUUGGACUAAAAGUACAAUACUAUCAGCAGUAUCAGCCUAUCUCCAGGCUGGGUGAUAAGACUAACUGUUGUGGGAGAUGCUUUAGCAAGUAUGGUACAUAUGUCAGGGAUAUGACUGUGGUACAAGGGCUGGGCACUACAGAGACACAGGGCUCUACAAGGUUAGGAACUGACAGAACAUCACCGUUAUAAGGAAUUUCAGAAAGUGGCCUUUACUGGCUUUAACAACCAUUCACAUCACACUACUAAAAGGAGUAUUAGUGUAUUACUGUGGCAUGGGAUUAGAUGGUAGGUACCAUAUCCAUUCCUCAUUAGAGUUCACCUUUAAUUAAUAGAGCAGCUACUCCUGGCACAAGAUGCACUUCAGCUUAAGAUGGCGGAAGAGCCCUAGAGGAUUUUCUUAUGUAGGGGGUGAUAGACAGCAGAUGCCAUGCAACUCUUGGGGUCUCUGUGAGCAAUAUCCAUUAAGGGUGGGAUGCAGUAAGUGCCAGAAGCCAGCAAAGCAUGUCAGAGCCAGAGAUGGUGGCUGCAGAAAUUUUGAACAGUGAACAUAGGAUGGAAGUAGAAAAGCUGUCACACAGAUGAGCCUUUUCAUCUAUGCAGCUCAAGGUGGGAUCAUCUUAAAAGACACUGUAACUUAU